AUGUAUCAAUAUAAAGCAUUGCUUAGUGUCACUUUGCUGAUAGUUUGUUUACUGGCAUUAAGUAUUUUGCAUGUUCCAUCAUCUGUUUUGUGUGCUUCCUCAAGUAGCUCAUCAAGUAAUGGAACUGUGAGAGAAUGGCUGAGUGACUUGAAUGAUCAAGCUGCUAACUUACAAUCCUCUGCUUCUAGAUUGCAAAAAGCUAUUGCAAUUUUGAGUAUGGCCAACAAUACAGCAUCCAUCAUCAGCAUGAGGAGUGCUCAACUCAAGAAGAUUAAUUAUGCUCUUGACAUGAUUAAUCAAGAAAUUUCAAUCUUUAAAACCACAUGCAGUAAUAAUGAUGGUCCUGAUUGUACCAUUCCUAUAUGUGUAUCAAAGUGUUUGAAUUGUACUGCACCUGGCAUAUGCUCACAAUGUUAUGGCAAUUGGAAUGGUACUGACUGUUCCUAUUGUAAGAUGGGAUGGAAAGGCAUUGAUUGUAACACUUCUCAAUGUGAUUCAAAGUGUUUGAUAUGCACUGGACCCUCUCAAUGUUCAGUUUGUUCUGGUAACUGGGAUGGUGCUAACUGUACUACUUGUAAGGCAGGAUGGGCAGGAACUAAUUGUGCUACCCAAGUUCCUGUGGGAGAUUUAUCAUCUUCUUCCAUAUUGACACCAGUUAAUGCCACAAGAUUUGUUUCUGAAAUAGUUAAUAGUGUAAGAUCCAAACCAAUUACACUAUUGUAUAGAUCUUCAAGAGAUAGUUAUAAUCCUUCAAUCUUCCAUAGUUUAUGUGAUAAUAAGGGGCCAACUAUUACAAUUGUUAAGGCUAAUACGGGAGCCAUAUUUGGAGGUUAUACUUCAAUUAGUUGGAAUUCAGGUGGUGUCAAUUUUAUAGUGACCCAAAUGCUUUCUUAUUUAGUAUUAUUUCUUCAACAGGAGAGCAAAGAUUUACAAAGAUACUCCAACAACCACCAUACGCCUAUAGUAUUUAUACAUCUUACCACCAUUUCCCUGUAUUUGGUGCCGGGAAUGAUCUUUAUAUUGGCACAAGUUAUUGCAGCACUACCCCUUCCUCAUACAUAUAUCAAUCCAGAGCUUAUUUCGCUUGUCUCCCAAAUGUUAAUUGUGAUACUUGGGUUCUUUCAGAUUUCGAGGUUUACUCGUUGUAAGCAAAUUUAA